AUGGCAAAAAAAAACUAUAACAAAAAAAAUAUUCCGAAAAGUCAGUCAACGACAACAGCUGGAAAUAAUUUUGAUGACAAUGAUAAUAGCAUGCUUAAUCCAAUCGUAAAUGCUGCAGAUGAAAAUGAAAAUGAAUUCUUCGAUAAGACGGAUAAAGUUAUGAAAAAACGAAAGGAACAUUUAAAUGAUUUUUAUCACAAUGUAAAAAGAACAAAAGUUGUUUCGAACAUUGAAGAUGAUAAUGAAGAUGAUACAUUAGAUGAAUCAACAGAAAAUCCAAAUCAUGAAUUACCAAACAAUGGCUUAUCAAACAGUACAAAAUCACGUGAAAUCAAUUAUUCUUGUUCGAAUGAUUCAGCUGAUUGUUCAUCAUCAAAUGUUUCAUUAACAACGUCUUCAUAUGGUCCACACUUCUCAUCAACACCAAAUAAUACUGAAAAACGUCUUGAAUUGAAUAAGUCGAUUUUAUUGCAUAACAAAAAUCAAUCUGAUCAAUCUUUAACUAACAAAAGGUCUAGUGAAAUGAUUGGUGAGAAUAAUUGUGAUCGUUUUUCCUCUUCUUCUAAACAUAUGGACAAAAAUACACUUGCAGCAUCAGAUUCUAAUAUCUUGUCUCAAACAACGUCAAAUACAAAAGUACCAUAUAUAUCUCAAAGUACAAUUACAUUGGAAACGUCAACAACAACCAAUAAACAUAUGGAUUAUAACUCGAAUCAGUGUAGCAACAAUUUUAUUAUCGAUCGAUCGCUCAUAUGUUCUUCGACUAUAAAUAGUGCAUCGACUAUGAAUCGAUCAUCAACAAAUAAUAAUUUUCAAUGGAAACCAAUAGAUAUAAAAAACUCUAUGGAAUACCGAGAUUUAGAAAAGAAAAACAAAGAUUUGUUAAAUAAAAUUGAUAAUUUGAAAGAGGCUCUUUCAAAAGAACGGAAGGAGCGAAAAAAAAUGAAUGAAACACAUAUACUCAAACCUCGUACAUCAUUUUGGAACGAAUUAUCGAUUUUUAUGGAGUCUCAUGGUGAUUCAUAUCAAGGAGAUAGUCGUACUAUUCAUGAAAUAGGACGCGAACUUGGUUUAACUGACAAUAUGAUUCAAUAUGUGCAACGUGAUACCGACAAGCCCGAUAAGGUUGCUAUGAACAUAUGGAGGAAGUUAUGUCCAACAAUUGAAGAUAAAGUAUUUGUGCGAUCGAUAAAGAGAGUUCCAACAUCUACACUUGAUAAUAUAUACGCAUUUGCUCGUCUGUCUCAUCCAAAAAGUAGUUUAGAUUAUAAAAAAAUGCGAAACGACAUAGCUGCUAAUAUCAGACAAGGCAAUUUAUCUCAUCGAACACAUGGAGCUUUACUGAUGAAUCAAAAUUAUAAUGAAGAAAAUGAUGCUGAUAAUGAUGAUAAUGAUGGAGAAAAUAAUUCUGAUAAUGAUGAUGACGAUGAAGAAAAUGAAUCGAAUAGUCAUGCGAACGAUUUCCAAUCACGUAUACGAACAAGCGAAGUAGUUGAUGAUUCAAGUAACGACGAAGAAGAAUAA